CUGCUUUCAAUUCUAACUCUAGGCAACACACAGAAAGCUAAAGCUAGGCCAAGAGAAGAUAACAGAAACAAGAUGGGUUCUCUAUCUGGUGAAUCAAAGUAUCAUGUAGUUCUGUUCCCUUUCAUGUCAAAAGGCCACACUAUCCCUAUUCUCCAGCUAGCCCGUCUCCUUCUUCGUCGCCAGAUCUCUGUUACCAUCUUUACUACUCCAGCCAAUCGUCCCUUCAUAGCUAAAUAUCUGUCCAACACAGCUGCCUCAAUCAUUGAGCUGUCCUUCCCUGAAAACAUCCCUGAAAUAAGUUCUGGCAUUGAAAACACCGAUAAGCUCCCUUCCAUUUCUCUGUUUCCUUAUUUUGCCUUCUCCACAAAGCUCAUGCAACCUGAGUUUGAACGUGCACUUGCGUAUCUUCCAUCUGUAAAUUUCAUGGUUUCUGAUGGAUUCCUGUGGUGGACUCUGGAGUCUGCAAUCAAAUUCGGUUUUCCAAGAUUGGUUUUCUUUGGCAUGUCCAAUCAUGCUAUGUGUAUGGGCAAAGCUAUUAAUGACAACAGGCUUUUUUUUGGGCCUGAGUCGGAUGAAGAGUUAAUUACAGUGACUCCAUUUCCAUGGAUAAAGGUCACUAAAUCUGACUUUGAACCAUUCUUCUCCGAUCCUCAACCCAAGGGCCUUUACUUUGAAUUCGUAGUAUUGGCAUUUGAAGCAGCAGCAAAUAGUCAUGGUUAUAUCAUGAAUAGCUUCUAUGAGCUGGAACAAGUUUUUGUUGAUUACUGGGAUAAUACUGGUGCACCCACCGCUUGGUGCGUUGGACCCUUGUGCCUUGCUGAGCCACCAAGUGUUGAACGUGAACCAGACAAGAAAUCCGCUUGGAUUCAGUGGCUAGAUCAAAAUUUGGAGCAAGGGCACUCAAUUUUAUACGUAGCCUUUGGGACUCAAGCAGAGAUUUCAUCAGAGCAACUGAAGGAAAUAGCAACAGGAUUGGAGGAGUCCAAGGUAAAUUUCUUGUGGGUGUUGAGACACAAGGAAAGUCAAUUAGAAGAUGAUUUUGAAGAAAGGAUUAAAGGGAGGGGAAUCAUAGCGAGAGAAUGGGUUGAUCAAAGGGAGAUAUUGGAGCACCAGAGUGUGCAAGGGUUUUUAAGCCACUGUGGAUGGAAUUCAGUAUUGGAGAGCAUAUGUUCAGGAGUGCCAAUUCUUGCAUGGCCAAUGAUGGCUGAACAACCUCUGAAUGCAAGAAUGGUGGUGGAGGAGAUAAAGGUGGGGCUGAGAGUAAAGACAUAUGAUGGAUCAGUUAGAGGGUUUGUGAAACGUGAAGGGUUGAUGAAAUCGGUGAGGGAGUUGAUGGAGGGAGAGAUGGGAAAGAAAGUGAGGAAGAAGGCGAAAGAAGUUGCAGAGAUGGCAAAGAAUACGAUGGAGGAUGAGACAGGAUCCUCAUGGCGCAACUUGGAUUUGAUCAUUCAUAAGACGUGCAAUGCAGAGAGGAAGUAAAGGGGAAAAAUUAGAGAAUACUCGUUGGCAAUUAGAAACACUCACAAAAAAUUAAUUAUCUUUCAAAUAUAGAAGGUUAAUUAUCGUUGAAAUAUAGAAGGUGUACUCGUACAAUUGUGAGUGAAUGUGAUAAAUGUCCAAAAAGCUGUAUAAUUUCUCUAAAAUAAGAAAUUAUAUUGAGUACA